GGGAGAGAGAGCUAGAGGGAGCGCGAGGACGGGCGGGCGGACGGACGACGGCACCUGUAUGAGGUCGGACAGCUCCAUCACUAAACCCCCCAAAAUGCCGCUAAACAUCACACACAUCUCUUUAUCACCCAGCCGCAACCCCGUUUCCACAGCAGCUUGAUUCGUUUUUGCCUUUGCCUUUUUUUUUCGUUCGAGUGGUUAAAAGAAAAAGACGACGGAAUAAACAAGAGAGCGGCGAGAAAAAAAAAUCCGCGAGCGGAUAAAUAAGAAAGUGGGGAGGGGAUGAAGAAGUUUAAUUUCCGCAAGGUGCUGGACGGGUUGACAGCGGCGUCGUCGCCGGCUCAGCCCGGUGGAGGUGGAGGUGGAGGCGGCGGCGGCGGCGGGAUGGGACCGGGGUCUGGCGGCGGGACCGCGGGAGGAGGCAGAGCAGGAGCCGGGGAUGCAGACAUCUCCGAGACACUCACCUCGGAUCAUUUCCAGAUCUGCAAGACUGUGCGCCAUGGCUUCCCCUGUCAACCGACGGCCUUGGCUUAUGAUCCGGUGCAAAAAAUUCUGGCCAUUGGGUGCCGCACAGGAGCUCUACGAAUACUAGGUCGUCCUGGAGUUGACUGCUACUGCCAACAUGACAGCGGUGCAGCUGUGCUGCAUCUUCAGUUCCUGAUCAAUGAGGGAGCUUUAGUAAGUGCGUGUGCAGAUGACACACUCCAUCUGUGGAACCUUCGCCAAAAGCGUCCAGCUAUUCUUCAUUCACUCAAAUUCAACAGAGAGCGGAUUACCUGCUGCCAUCUCCCUUUCCAGAGUAAAUGGUUGUACGUGGGCACAGAGCGAGGAAACAUGUACGUUGUAAAUAUUGAGUCUUUUGUCUUGUCGGGAUACGUCAUCAUGUGGAAUAAAGCAAUAGAGCUGUCUACAAAAAUUCAUCCUGGCCCUGUUGUUCAUUUAAGUGACAGCCCAAGGGACGAGGGGAAACUCCUCAUGGGGUUUGAAAAUGGAACGGUUGUAAUGUGGGAUGUGAGGUCAAAGAGGGCAGAGUUUAGAUUAUAUUAUGAUGAGGCUAUCCAUUCUAUCAGCUGGCAUCAUGAAGGGAAGCAAUUUAUGUGCAGCCAUUCAGAUGGUAGUUUAACUCUUUGGAACUUGAAAAACCCAAGCAAACCCUUUCAGAUAAUAGUACCACAUGGUAAAGUCCAGCGAGAUGGUAAGAAACCUGAGUCUUGCAAACCAAUCCUAAAAGUAGAUCAUAAGACUUGCAGAAAUAGUGAAACAUUUAUUAUUUUUUCUGGAGGUCUAUCCUAUGAUAAAGCAUCUAGAAGACCCAGUCUGACAAUUAUGCAUGGCAAAUCCAUUACAGUUUUGGAAAUGGAUUAUCCCAUUGUGGACUUCAUAACUCUCUGUGAAACACCAUAUCCAAAUGAAUUCCAGGACCCUAAUGCCGUGGUUGUAUUACUUGAGAAAGAUCUAAUCGUUGUUGACCUUACGCAAAACAAUUUUCCUCUCUUUGAAAACCCGUAUCCAAUGGAUGUGCAUGAAUCUCCAGUGACUUGCUCUGAGUAUUUUGCAGAUUGUCCUCCUGAUUUGAUACCUGCCCUCUAUUCUGUGGGAGCCAAACAACAAAAACAGCAGGGAUAUAGCACAAAGGAAUGGCCAAUCGGUGGUGGUACUUGGAAUUUGGGUGCACAAACAUAUCCUGAAAUCAUCAUAACUGGACAUGCAGAUGGUUCUUUGAAAUUCUGGGAUGCUUCAGCAAUAACUCUUCAAGUAUUAUACAAACUGAAAACGUCAAAAGUGUUUGAAAAACAGAAGGUGAAAGUUGGAAAGCAGACUGCAGAGAUUGUGGAAGAGGAUCCCUAUGCCAUCCAGAUGAUCAGUUGGUGUCCAGAGAGCAGGAUGUUUUGUGUUGCUGGCAUCUCAGCGCAUGUCAUUGUUUAUAGAUUUAGCAAACAUGAAGUUACAUCCGAGAUAUUGGCUCUUGAGCUGCGAUUACAGUAUGAAGUUGAAGACAUUGUUACUCCAGAACCUGAAUCUGCCGUGCCAUUCACUGAUGCAUCUUCUCAGCUCUCAUUUUCAAAGACUCCAACAUUAUCUGGUAGUGCAAACGCAUUAGCACCAGAGGGAGUGAAAGACAGCAUCCCAUGUCUCAAAGUGAAAACUCGUCCUGUCAGAAUGGCUCCUGGAUACCAGGCUGAUCUCAUCAUUCAACUGGUGUGGAUUGAUGGGGAACCACCUCAACAGAUCACCAGCCUAGCAGUUAGCUCUGCCUAUGGCCUUGUGACUUUUGGAAACUGUAAUGGUCUGGCAGUUGUGGACUUUAUGCAGAAGACCAUUUUACUUAGUAUGGGAACAAUUAAACUCUAUGGUACAAGUGACCCAUUUCAACGCCACCUUAAAUCUCCCCGUAAGAGCAAACAGCUCACUGCAGGUUUGAAUGAACUCUUGGACAGUCCUGGCUCACUGGAGGUUGAACGCUGCAAAUCACCCACUUCAGGUAGAGUAAAAGGACCAAGAAAGUUAAGUCUGCCGACAGAUCUUAAGACUGAUCUCGGAUCUGUGAAAGGUUCCUGUUUUGAAGGGAAAUCAGCUGUUUCAAAGAACUCAGUGAAAACUUUUGAGAAGACUAGAACAAUAUUUGAAGAUCACGUCAAUGGAGUGUGCACGAGCCCUACCUCUCAACCCAGCAACACGGGAAAGCGCCUUUCCAUCGCAGAUACGUCAAAACUGAACCGCCGUGGACCAGGGAGGCCACCGUUUCGCAAAGUACAGUCAGCUGCCUGCAUGGAAGUCUCAUUGCCACUCACCCACACAGAAGAAAGUAAAGAAAAUUCUUUUAAUCGGUCAAGAAGUUCCAGUGUCUCCAGCAUUGACAAAGAAUCGAAGGAAGCCAUAACUGCUCUCUACUUCAUGGAGUCCUUCAGCCGAAAGAUGGAUUCAACGCUCUCGCCAUGCCUUUGGCUUGGUACCAGUUUGGGUACAGUGCUAGUUAUCUCAUUGAACCUUCCUCCAGAGGAGCAACGAUAUUCAGAGCCACUCGUGGUUUCUCCCAGCGGCACUGUGUUAAUGUUGAAAGGAGCCAUACUAACAUUUGCCUCUUUGGAUUCGCUGGGCAGUUUAAUACACCCCCCAUAUGAGGUGUGGAAGGAUCCCAACAGUGAAGAUAAAGAUGAUAAAGCACGGAAAAGAAAACUAGUAAGAUUUUCACCAUCUUCCUCUCAGGAGAUGGGGGACCACCAGUAUGUAGUGCUCUGCUCUGAGAAACAAGCCAAACUCUAUUCCCUUCCUUCUCUGUGCUGCUUAUAUGUACACAAUAUCACUGAGACUUCCUUUGUAUUAAGAGCAGACAUCGUAACAAUGUGCAACAGCAUCUGCCUGGCUUGCUUCUGUGCUAAUGGACAUAUUAUGACCUUAAGCUUGCCAAGCCUCAGACCAUUGCUGGAUGUAAACUACUUGCCUUUAACUGAUAUGAGAAUAGCCCGGACUUUCUGCUUCACCAACAGUGGACAGGCUCUGUAUCUGAGUUCACCCAGCGAGAUCCAGCGAAUUACCUACAGCCAGGAGAUGUGUGAAAAUCUUCAGGAAAUGCUGGGAGAUUUAUUUAUUCCAAUCGAAACUCCAGAGGCCCAGAACAGAGGUUUUUUGAAGGGAUUAUUUGGCGGAAGUGCCCAAACAUUUGACAGGGAAGAGUUAUUUGGAGAGGCUUCAGCAGGCAAGGCAUCUCGUGCACUUGCCCAGCACAUCCCUGGACCGGGUGGCCUUGAGGGUGUGAAGGGUGCUGCGUCAGGAGUAGUUGGUGAUCUAGCCCGUGCUCGUAUUGCUUUGGAUGAGCGUGGACAGAGACUGGGGGAAUUGGAGGACCGGACAGCUGCUAUGAUGUCCAGUGCAGAGACCUUCUCCAAACACGCACAUGAGUUGAUGCUCAAAUGCAGAGAUAAGAAGUGGUAUCAGUUCUGAAGACUUCAAGAACAUGUAACUAUGUGUAAAUUCAAUAAUGCCAUUCAGGGAAAUGGAUGUUGCCUCCUUCCAUUGGUCACUGCAAAGGAAAUGACUUUUCUCCUCAAACUCCUAUUCACAAAAAUGAUUAGCAAAAUAAAUAGACACAUUUUGUGUCCACAAAUGAAAGAACAAAGGCUUAACGCGAGGUCAGUCCUUUGAGACGAGGAUUUGACGCUGAAGUUUCCAUUUCACCAAACUGCAAUAGUGAACUCCCAUUUUGUUUAGAUAGAGCUUUUCCCUCACUCCGAGCAGGGAAAGUAGCAACUUGUACAGAUUUGAAUGAUAAUGCUCAUAGAAAAAGUCGACUUACUUUAAUACCUUGCAUGGAAACAACACCAUCCUUACGAUGAUAAACAAAAGCAUGUUACGAUGGAGAUGGGAGGAGAUGGAUUUCAUUUCUAGCUUUGACAGAAUAUAAAAAGAAAACAAGAAAAAUAUUUAUAUUUUUAAAUCUGCAUAGCAAGGCCAAAAGUGGCACGUGAACUACAACAGAGAAUUGACUGUUUGAUUGCUGAAUGAAUGAAUGGACAUUUGGAUGUGCUGUUCAACAAAACUGAAAACUGUUGAAUAACAGAUAACCUGGCAGUGAAUCUUUAAAUGUCAUUAAAACUUCCCAGAGCUACAAUAUUGCUUUGGUAUGAUAAAGAAUAUGCAGCAUGAUUGAUGUUAACUACAAUAGAACAGAAGGUCAGACCAUUCGAUUUGUUUCUUGAUUACUCUGUUACAGGUGCAAUGGGUAUUUCUUUCCUGUUGAGAAGCUGAGCAAACUGGAGACUAUCAAUCUUUUAUUUUGCAAACAUUUUGUAUGGAAAGCUGUCGUUAUUCAGUUGACCAAAGGUUAUGUACAUUGAGAAGUUGGAUGAUUUAUAUGCUAACAUUCUGUGGCACGCCACUCUCCCUUAACAAUCUCAGCCUACUUCACUUGGAUUGGAUGGAAGGAAAACAGGAGAAAAAAUGUUAAUUAACAUUGUCAGGACCUUUCUGUAGCACAAUCCCGCACAUAAAUCAAGGGUAGCUCAAACAUCUGAUAAUGAAAGGAGCAUUAUUCAUUCUAUGGCUUAAUAUAAACAUGUUCUGAUGACCAACACAUAGAGCAAAAUAUGCUAGAUUCUAAAAUGAUUAAAUCACUGGUGGUAUGAUAACAUUAGGUUCAACUGAAAUAUCUCUGUUCCCGUGGUCUUUGACGUCUUAUAAGUAUAGAAGACCAAGAAUAAAACUAGAAAGCACUAAUACUGUAGUCAAUAAGACUGUACAUUCUGAGUGAUACAUCUGUGUUGCUGUCUCCAAAUUUCAGGGUUCAACAUAGUUCAUAUCAGAUUUACAAACAAGUACCAAUAUUAACGUGGUAUUAAUAGUUACAUUGCACCCACAUAUAGCUUGAUGGGUCCUUAUUUCUAACAGUCCAUUCACAAUGUAUAUCCUAUGAAGAUGCCAGCUAAUCUGGGCAAGAAUGGUCAAAACGUCAUGAUCCUUCACCAUUUAUAUGAGGUCCGAUUGACAAAAUGUUGUGGAUUUCAUUUGGUACAUGCUGAUUCUUGGAGAGUUUUUCUAUGCCUGGCAGUCUGUGCCGCUUUCAUCUUAGUUUGUUCAUGUUCUUUGUGAUAAAUGUUAGUGUCUUUACUCCCACGUUUUGAAACGCAUAUAUUGCUGAUUUACUUCAGAUGUGUUCUCACUCCCAGAUGUGGAGUAAAUUAAUGGUUAAUGUGUUUCAAUUGAAAUCAUGUAUUACAAUAUUUAUACCUUUUUUUUAUAGAUGGAUAUGCAGAGAAUUGCUUUGAAUUCUCAUGAUUAUGAAAGAUUAACUGAAGUUACCUGUCCCCUAAACCAGUUCUCACCAGGUCAUCAGCAGAACAUGAAACAUCCCCUCAUUAUCACUGCAGUUUCACUCCACUAUCAUCAAACAUCAAGUAUGUGUACUCAGCAUUGGAACAUAGUGCAGCAGAGCACAAGAACAGGCCCUUCAGCCCACAGUCAGCAGCAAAGGGUCAUAGCUUGCUCUUACCCACCAAGAAAGCUGACCAUAACAUUAUGUACUCUUUUCCAAGUCAUGGUCAUCUUUCUUUUCCAACAUUGAUUGCUGUCUUUCACCCCUGAAACAUCCACAAAUUGUCAUGCCAUCAAUUUAUCUCACACAGGAGGAAAUUAAGCACAAUUUUUCAAUACAUUCUAAAUAUUUUACAGACCAUUAAUGAAAAGUUAGAACACAGACAAAGAAUUACAAUUUAGGUUUUAUUUCAUAAUACAUCAUUUGAAAUAUUUACAUGAAGGAAUAUGAAAGAAUAAAUGUCGUUUAUUUUUAAGCAUGGAAAGAAAAAAAACAUUGAAAAAAUCUCUUCACUUUAUG